GCCGCCGAGAGCUGUGGUUCGAGGAUGGCAUCCCGGCCAGACUGCGGGGGUUGAUUCUCCCAGGCGGCCUUCCUUUUGGCCAGCCUUUCUUAUAAUCCCAUCAUGUCUCUUUUCAACUUUCUAUAUUGCUGGGUAGAAAUACCUAUAUGGUCGAUUGCGAGCAUAGAAAAUACACCGACCAACGUUCUCGCAAAUAGUCAUGGAGAGCUAUCCCCGGGAUGAGCUUGCUCUGAAUGCAUUCGCCGACGUCCACUACUUCUUUAGUGACCCUUCAGCGAGGCCUUUGCAGCAUCGCUUCGAUAAGGGUUCACAUGUGUUGCUCCAUCGCAAUGCUGCGGAGCGAAAGGGACGUUUGGAGAUAGCGAACAAUGUUGGCAAUCCUGACCAAGAUAUUCUUGUUGGUGUCCUUAGUCGGGUGCGGCUUGAGCAUUCGCUCAAUCACCCUUGCUUUGUUAGCUUAAUUGUUUGCAAACCGGGCGUCGAGGGCAAUUAUAUUGAGCAUGAUGGCCGGGGGCAGCAAUGGUCCCUCCGAGAUGCGGAUCACCGAAAUGGAGGACAAUCCCUUUUUGAGAUAAAGGCCCUGGACAUUUAUUUCUGGAAGCCCGAAGAUGCCAUGACAUUCUCACGCGCUUUCAAUAGUUUACAUGGACAUGGGCAGCUGAACACUUCUAUCGAUUCUGCCAAAUCUGCGGAACCGGAUCCUAUGAGCCCCGUAGUACAACGAUUAGAAGAAGCCGUCAUAUCUGAAGACUACCGCCCUGAAGCAUUCGGCACUGCAUCGGCAAAGUCGGAUUUUGAUACCUAUGGUCAUACAACUGCAGGAACUGUAGCACCAGCGGGUGCGACAUCGCCCGCACAGGGCAUGUCAUUUGCUCCAAUGGCGUACAAUCCAGCUGCUCCGGCGGCGCCAGAGCCAAUUCGAGAACGAGAAAUGACGCCUCCUCCCACGGAUGGAUCUGAUGGCACUGGACUGAUGGCCGUAGCGGUCAACGAGGAGGGACAAGUCCCGUUGCCCACGUUUGCUCCGCCUCCAAUUCAGCACAGCGCUACCUUGCCACAGAUCUCUCAACCCUAUUCGCAUCCAGUUUGGCAGUCUUCGCAACAGACUGCCGAGCAAGCAAUUCCUUCUGCGCAGUCUACAAAUUUCCAAUCUCCUCGUUUUAUGCAAUAUGGGCAAUUAGAGCGAACUCCGUCCUUCCCUCCCCCACCCCCUCCCCCUUCGGCCGUACCUGCCAAUGUCCCGUCGGCCAGUCCUCAGCAUUACCAUGAAACCCAUGCGCAACAGAUUCCGGCUCUUUACGGUCAAACUCGUAGCGCUUCUCAAGGUGUCCCUUUCUCGCAGCCGCCGCAGCAAUCCAGGAGCCCGUCAUAUGCAAUAUACCCAGAGCAACAUACUUCGAUCUACGGACAAUCGCUUCCGCUUACUCCCAUGUCCCCUGGCUUUGCAAGCGCGCCGGCUCAGUCCCCUCCUCCGGUGGGUUCAAAUCAGGCGCAACAAGCGCCGGCCGGGUUGGAUAAUCCAUAUAAUGUUCACAGCCAAGUGUACGUGCCGACAGAAGCCGAGCUCAAGUCCCAUGGUGGUAAACCGAAAACGCCCAAGGCUGGACCUGGGCAACAGCCGGGCAAGUUGGAACAGAGGGCCGAGCGCUUGGAGAAGGGAGUCAAUCGCUUCUUUAAGAAAUUGGAGAAACGAGGUGUCUGAUCGUCGUUGGGAUACUGAUGGACUCGCGGAGUCUAGCCUGAGCACCUUUUUAACGGCGAUACCUGGGUUUUUAUUCACGAGCUUCUUGAUGCAAUGUACCUAAUAUGACUUUGUAGCGUGCGGGAAUACAUCUUUAAUUACCCUCGUUCCUCCCCUGCCCGGAGAAUAUCUGCAAGGCUGCCAGGGAUUAUCCCUUAUGGGCAGAUCAAUGCAUAGCACAGAGCUCUGCACCCACGUGGCGCCUGGUGUCCUGCACCAUCGCUCCCACUAGAUCAAGGUUAUUUUAGAGUAUUUCUCUUACGUGGUAAUCGGGCCCGUUAACUAAGCUGUCGAUUGAUGGAGCAGUAGUGAUGUGAUGAAUGGGCGACUGUUUUGCCAGCUUACCCUCGUGAGGUUUGACGAGGGUCUUUGAGUAUAUUUAGAGAGGGGUGG